AUGGAACAUUUGCUUACUGUUGUGUCACUUAUGGUUAUAUCUGUCAUUAGUGAUGACAUAGUUACUGUUCAAACAAAUCUUGGUCCUGUCAAGGGAAUCUCGUCAACAGUUUCAUUUGACAAUAUCACACACGUUUAUACUGUUUUCAAGAAAAUACCAUACGCUAAACCACCAGUCGGAGAUCUUCGAUUUAAAGAUCCAGCUUCAUAUGGUCCAUGUAAUGGAACAUUAGAUGCAACACAAUUCGGUCCAUCGUGUUUUCAACAAUACACUCCAGGCUAUGAUGAAUUCUUGCCAAAUUUAAAGCUGAGCGAAGACUGUCUAUUUUUGAAUAUUUACGUACCUGCUAGUGCCUCAGAGCAACAUAAAAAAUCAGUUAUGAUAUGGAUUCAUGGCGGUGGAUAUGUUUUGGGACAGGGCAUGUUUUACGACGGUUCUUUCCUAAGUGCCAUUGGAGAUGUCAUUGUUGUUACUUUAAAUUAUCGGUUAGAUGUGUUUGGAUUUUUUACAACUUCAGACGGUAUGUCAGACGGUAAUUAUGGCUUCAAUGAUCAGAGAAAAGCAAUUCAGUGGGUUAACGAUAAUAUUGAAAGUUUUGGUGGUAACACGCAAUCCAUUACUUUGUUUGGAGAAUCGGCCGGUGGAUUUAGUGUAGGCUUGCAAGCAAUAUUUCCUGCAAACAAGGGACUUUUCCAUCGGGUAAUUGAGCAAAGUGGUACAAGUAACAGCUUUUUUUCUGAUACCCCUAAACAUUUUUUGGGAAGUGAAAUGGUAAUUCAGUCACUUAACUGUAGAAAUGGUAUGCCGUCUGAACGAACAUUGUGCAUGCAAAGUAAAAGUGCUGAAGAAAUUCUAAAUGCAUCGAUAUCACUACCCGUAUAUAGUUCAGGGUCACUUGAUAUUCAUCAAAUCGGUUACUGGGCACCAUAUUUCAAGGAUGACCCAAGUAAAUUAAUGCAAAAUCAGCGUUCACCUGCUGUUGAGUUCUUUAGGUCGUUAGACGUUAUAAUAGGAACAUGUGAAUCAGAAGGGUCAUUAUUGCUUGAACCACUGGAAUCAUUACAGAACAAAUUAUCCUUCAACAUAUCAGAAGGAAUAACGUCUGAUUAUAUGUGUAAGCAUAUUGUUCAACCACUUACUGAAGAUUUUUAUCGUAACAGUACUGCUAUAGGUAAUGCUAUAUGUCAAAAAUAUCAAAAUAAAGGCUCAAUUGCGGAUCAAGGUCAAAAUGUUAUAAACUCUUUUAGUGACCUAUUUUUCCACAGUCCUGCUGUUCAAAGUUUGAACAUUCAUGCCAUAAACAAUCAUAAAACAAAACAGUUUCAGUAUGUCAACAAAAGAAGAUCUAUAUUUUCGAGUUACCUCAAUCGUUACCAGUGGUUUAAAGGAUCAGCUCAUGGUGAUGAUUUACCAUAUAUUUUCCCAUUCAAAUCAACAUUGCCGUCUGCAACCGAUGAUGACAUUUCUUUCAGUCUGAAGAUGAUGAAAUAUUGGAGUAAUUUUGCAAAGACUGGAAAUGUAAAUGGUAAUGGUGUACCAAAAUGGCCAGAGUAUGACCUUGUAACAAAGCAGUAUGCUCUUCUCGAUGUCCAUCCGUUGAUACAGAAUAACUUGUACAAAGACCGAAUGGACUUCUGGUUAACUCAGAUACCAGCCUUACAAUCUGGAACAACACCUUGUACUACGCAAGAGUGUGUAUUUGGAUAAAUGGAACAUUCAAAACUGUGUUCUACAAAACCCUGUUGAAUAAUUGAAACUAAUAACGCCUUGUACUACACCAGAGUGUAUAUUUAAAUAAAUGGAACAUUUAAAACUGUAUUCUACAACACCCUGUUGAAAUAAUUGAAACUAGCAACGCCUUGUACUACACCAGAGUGUAUAUUUAAAUAUAUGGAACAUUUAAAACUGUAUUCUACAACACCCUGUUGAAAUAAUUGAAACUAGUAACGCCUUGUACUACUCCAGAGUGUACAUUUGGAUAAAUGUAACAUUUAAAACUGUAUUAUACAACACCCUGUUGAAAUAAUUGAAACUAGCAACGCCUUGUACUACACCAGAGUGUAUAUUUGGAUAAAUGGAACAUUUAAAACUGUAUUAUACAACACCCUGUUGAAAUAAUUGAAACUAGCAACGCCUUGUACUACACCAGAGUGUAUAUUUAAAUAUAUGGAACAUUUAAAACUGUAUUCUACAACACCCUGUUGAAAUAAUUGAAACUAGUAACGCCUUGUACUACUCCAGAGUGUACAUUUGGAUAAAUGUAACAUUUAAAACUGUAUUAUACAACACCCUGUUGAAAUAAUUGAAACUAGCAACGCCUUGUACUACACCAGAGUGUAUAUUUAAAUAAAUGGAACAUUUAAAACUGUAUUCUACAACACCCUGUUGAAAUAAUUGAAACUAGUAACGCCUUGUACUACUCCAGAGUGUACAUUUGGAUAAAUGGAACAUUUAAAACUGUAGUAUACAACACCCUGUUGAAAUUAUUGAAACUAGCAACGCCUUGUACUACACCAGAGUGUAUAUUUAAAUAUAUGGAACAUUUAAAACUGUAUUCUACAACACCCUGUUGAAAUAAUUGAAACUAGCAACGCCUUGUACUACGCCAAAGUGUAUAUUUGGAUAAAUGGAACAUUUAAAAUCGUAUUCUACAACACCCUGUUGAAAUAAUUGAAACUAGUAACGCCUUGUACUACGCCAGAGUGUAUAUUUGGAUGAAUGGAACAUUUAAAACUGUUUUCUGCAACACCCUGUUUAAAUAAUUGAAACAAGUAAUUAUCAUAUAAA